UUUUUCUUCACCUUUAAACAUCAUGGCAGGGCGCAGUUUUUCUUUUUCUUUGUGUUUGUUUUUAAACUGAAUCAGAGAGUAUUGUACACAGUCCGGGUCAGUCAGUGGCAAGAAUGGCGCCAGCAUUAGGACAGCAAGUUGCAAAUGUUGAGGUUAGCUUUGAUCACGUGACUUUCACAGGAGAUAUCUUUGAUUCACGAGCCUAAACAUGUCCCAAAUCUUGUGCUCCCUAGUGGUGAGACAGCCAGCAGGAAAGGAUGUGGUGUUCUUGCUGGAUGGAUCUGAUGGUACCCGAAGUGGAUUCCCAGCCAUGCGAGACUUUGUCCAAAGAGUGGUAGAGACGCUCAGUGUGGAUGACAACAAAGACCGUGUCUCAGUGGUUCAGUACAGCAGAGACGCACAGGUCCAGUUCUACCUGAACACGUACAUGACAAAGGGCCAGAUCCUUGACAGUGUCAGAGGCUUGAGGCACAAAGGCGGAAGGCCCCUCAACACUGGAGCAGCUCUCCAGCACUUGAGGGAUAACAUCUUCACGGCCUCUGCCGGAAGCAGGCGCCUGGAAGGGGUGCCACAGGUGCUAGUGCUGCUAGCUGGUGGGAAAUCCUUUGACAGUGUUGAUGCACCCGCCUCUGCUCUCAAACAGCUGGGUGUCUUGACCUUUGCAAUUGGAACCAGAGGCUCUGACAGCAGAGAAUUGCAGACGAUAUCCCACGACCCCAGUAGUGCUCUGUCUGUGUCUGAAUUCACUGACCUUCCCAAUGUCCAGCAGCAACUUCUGUCCUCGGUGGAGACUGUGGUGAUUGACGUCACUCCAGAAUCACCAACUGUACUUGUUGACACUGCCAAAAAGGAUAUCGUAUUCCUUCUGGAUGGCUCUGAUGGCACAAGGAAUGGCUUCCCUGCCAUGCGUGACUUUGUUGAGAGAGUGGUGGAAAAACUGAGUGUGGGAGAAAACCGAGACCGUGUCUCUGUGGUCCAGUACAGCAGAGACGCAGAGGUCCAGUUCUAUCUCAACACAUAUAACAAGAGAGAGGAUGUUGUGGAUUCGGUCAGAGGGCUUAGACACAGAGGAGGAAGACCCCUGAACACCGGGGCAGCCCUCCAAUACGUCAGGGACAACGUCUUUACAAACUCCUCCGGGAGUAGACGCCUGCAAGGUGUUCCGCAGAUGCUGGUGCUGCUAACUGGGGGAAGGUCUGCUGACAGUGUAGAUGCCCCAGCCUCUGCUCUCAAACAGCAGGGCGUCUUUGUGAUUGGCAUUGGAACUAGGACCUCUGACAGUAGAGAGCUGCAAAAGAUAUCACAUGAGCCCAGUUACGCUCUAUCUGUGUCUGAGUUCACCGACCUCCCCAAUGUCCAAGAACAGCUUUCCUCUGUAAUGAGCACAGUGCUUGUGAGGGCCACGCCCAUGACACCCACAGUGACUGUGGUGAGACAGCCAGCAGGAAAGGAUGUGGUGUUCUUGCUGGAUGGAUCUGAUGGUACCCGAAGUGGAUUCCCAGCCAUGCGAGACUUUGUCCAAAGAGUGGUAGAGACGCUCAGUGUGGAUGACAACAAAGACCGUGUCUCAGUGGUUCAGUACAGCAGAGACGCACAGGUCCAGUUCUACCUGAACACGUACAUGACAAAGGGCCAGAUCCUUGACAGUGUCAGAGGCUUGAGGCACAAAGGCGGAAGGCCCCUCAACACUGGAGCAGCUCUCCAGCACUUGAGGGAUAACAUCUUCACGGCCUCUGCCGGAAGCAGGCGCCUGGAAGGGGUGCCACAGGUGCUAGUGCUGCUAGCUGGUGGGAAAUCCUUUGACAGUGUUGAUGCACCCGCCUCUGCUCUCAAACAGCUGGGUGUCUUGACCUUUGCAAUUGGAACCAGAGGCUCUGACAGCAGAGAAUUGCAGACGAUAUCCCACGACCCCAGUAGUGCUCUGUCUGUGUCUGAAUUCACUGACCUUCCCAAUGUCCAGCAGCAACUUCUGUCCUCGGUGGAGACUGUGGUGAUUGACGUCACUCCAGAAUCACCAACUGUACUUGUUGACACUGCCAAAAAGGAUAUCGUAUUCCUUCUGGAUGGCUCUGAUGGCACAAGGAAUGGCUUCCCUGCCAUGCGUGACUUUGUUGAGAGAGUGGUGGAAAAACUGAGUGUGGGAGAAAACCGAGACCGUGUCUCUGUGGUCCAGUACAGCAGAGACGCAGAGGUCCAGUUCUAUCUCAACACAUAUAACAAGAGAGAGGAUGUUGUGGAUUCGGUCAGAGGGCUUAGACACAGAGGAGGAAGACCCCUGAACACCGGGGCAGCCCUCCAAUACGUCAGGGACAACGUCUUUACAAACUCCUCCGGGAGUAGACGCCUGCAAGGUGUUCCGCAGAUGCUGGUGCUGCUAACUGGGGGAAGGUCUGCUGACAGUGUAGAUGCCCCAGCCUCUGCUCUCAAACAGCAGGGCGUCUUUGUGAUUGGCAUUGGAACUAGGACCUCUGACAGUAGAGAGCUGCAAAAGAUAUCACAUGAGCCCAGUUACGCUCUAUCUGUGUCUGAGUUCACCGACCUCCCCAAUGUCCAAGAACAGCUUUCCUCUGUAAUGAGCACAGUGCUUGUGAGGGCCACGCCCAUGACACCCACAGUGACUGUGGUGAGACAGCCAGCAGGAAAGGAUGUGGUGUUCUUGCUGGAUGGAUCUGAUGGUACCCGAAGUGGAUUCCCAGCCAUGCGAGACUUUGUCCAAAGAGUGGUAGAGACGCUCAGUGUGGAUGACAACAAAGACCGUGUCUCAGUGGUUCAGUACAGCAGAGACGCACAGGUCCAGUUCUACCUGAACACGUACAUGACAAAGGGCCAGAUCCUUGACAGUGUCAGAGGCUUGAGGCACAAAGGCGGAAGGCCCCUCAACACUGGAGCAGCUCUCCAGCACUUGAGGGAUAACAUCUUCACGGCCUCUGCCGGAAGCAGGCGCCUGGAAGGGGUGCCACAGGUGCUAGUGCUGCUAGCUGGUGGGAAAUCCUUUGACAGUGUUGAUGCACCCGCCUCUGCUCUCAAACAGCUGGGUGUCUUGACCUUUGCAAUUGGAACCAGAGGCUCUGACAGCAGAGAAUUGCAGACGAUAUCCCACGACCCCAGUAGUGCUCUGUCUGUGUCUGAAUUCACUGACCUUCCCAAUGUCCAGCAGCAACUUCUGUCCUCGGUGGAGACUGUGGUGAUUGACGUCACUCCAGAAUCACCAACUGUACUUGUUGACACUGCCAAAAAGGAUAUCGUAUUCCUUCUGGAUGGCUCUGAUGGCACAAGGAAUGGCUUCCCUGCCAUGCGUGACUUUGUUGAGAGAGUGGUGGAAAAACUGAGUGUGGGAGAAAACCGAGACCGUGUCUCUGUGGUCCAGUACAGCAGAGACGCAGAGGUCCAGUUCUAUCUCAACACAUAUAACAAGAGAGAGGAUGUUGUGGAUUCGGUCAGAGGGCUUAGACACAGAGGAGGAAGACCCCUGAACACCGGGGCAGCCCUCCAAUACGUCAGGGACAACGUCUUUACAAACUCCUCCGGGAGUAGACGCCUGCAAGGUGUUCCGCAGAUGCUGGUGCUGCUAACUGGGGGAAGGUCUGCUGACAGUGUAGAUGCCCCAGCCUCUGCUCUCAAACAGCAGGGCGUCUUUGUGAUUGGCAUUGGAACUAGGACCUCUGACAGUAGAGAGCUGCAAAAGAUAUCACAUGAGCCCAGUUACGCUCUAUCUGUGUCUGAGUUCACCGACCUCCCCAAUGUCCAAGAACAGCUUUCCUCUGUAAUGAGCACAGUGCUUGUGAGGGCCACGCCCAUGACACCCACAGUGACUGUGGUGAGACAGCCAGCAGGAAAGGAUGUGGUGUUCUUGCUGGAUGGAUCUGAUGGUACCCGAAGUGGAUUCCCAGCCAUGCGAGACUUUGUCCAAAGAGUGGUAGAGACGCUCAGUGUGGAUGACAACAAAGACCGUAUCUCAGUGGUUCAGUACAGCAGAGACGCACAGGUCCAGUUCUACCUGAACACGUACAUGACAAAAGGCCAGAUCCUUGACAGUGUCAGAGGCUUGAGGCACAAAGGCGGAAGGCCCCUCAACACUGGAGCAGCUCUCCAGCACUUGAGGGAUAACAUCUUCACGGCCUCUGCCGGAAGCAGGCGCCGGGAAGGGGUGCCACAGGUCCUAGUGCUGCUAACUGCUGGGAAAUCCUUUGACAGUGUUGAUGCACCCGCCUCUGCUCUCAAACAGCUGGGUGUCUUGACCUUUGCAAUUGGAACCAGAGGCUCUGACAGCAGAGAAUUGCAGACGAUAUCCCACGACCCCAGUAGUGCUCUGUCUGUCUCUCAAUUCACUGACCUUCCCAGUGUCCAACAGCAACUUCUGUCCUCUUUGGAGGCCGUGGUUUUUAAAAUCUUAACUGAAUCACCAGCUGUUCCUGGUAUGUUUUCAACCACUGCUUGCAUUUAAUUGACCAAUUUUGAC